ACUAAAGAGAGCAAAGUGAGUGAGGUACAUGCAAGUACACUGAGACACAGGACGGGUUUUUCUGUCGCUGUAAGCACACAUACGGAAAAGUGGACACCUAUCAACACUGCUGUAAUUCCCUAAAAGGCUGCUCUAACUUGAACUUUUUCGAACUCCAAAGCAGCUGAUCCAGUGGUCAAAGGAUGACAAACAUCUCACGGUAUCUUGUUAACCACCUGCUGACAUUCUCACUCCAGGAUGGGGAUGUGCAGAGCGUGGAGGAAGCCCAGGCACGUCUCUCUUUCCUGGCUCAGAACAAAAAGCUGUGGAGUCAACAGAUGUACCUGGACAUUGGAACGGAGGCCAUUCACCUUAGAGACAUACAGAGCCAGGAUGAGCUGGAGAACUACUCUUUCAAAUCCAUCUACCGCUGUGACGCCAUUAACACGGAAAAACACUUCCCAUCCCUACUCUUGCUCGUCUGCCAAGGUGCAGAUCAGAAGAAGCCGGACAUUCAGUUCUUUAACUGCGAGACUGUGAAGGCAGAGCACAUCUGUGACGACAUCGCACAAGCCGUUUCAGAUUCCUCCAAAAACAGGAGUAAGAAAAUCCCGGACACCCUCAGGCCUACUCAGAGUGGGGGAGAGAUGAUCGACCCUUAUGAAAUCCCGAGACACCCCAUCGCACAUGCUCCAAAUCCCCCACCAGUCAACCCUCCACCUUAUCCAGGACCCAGAGUGAAUGGCGGGCCUGACAUUUCUUUCCUGCGAGCGGAGAGAGAAGUGGGGAUCCUCAAUCACUGUUUCGACGACAUCGAGAACUUCAUGGGCAAGCUGCAGCAGUCCGCCGAGGCCGCGACGGUGCUGAACCAAAGGAAGAAGAAAAAGAAGAAAAGCAAAAAGCAAAGUGCUGAAGAAGAUUUACUCACUGCAAAGGCCCGUCCUCCACCAGAGGAAGAGUUCAUCAACAUCUUCCAGAAAUUCAAAUAUUGCUUCAGCCUGCUGGCUCGUCUGAAAUCCACCAUCUCCAAUCCUUCAUCAGAAGAGCUUGUUCACCAUGUGUUCAAACCACUGGAUAUGAUGGUGAGGACAACAGGGGGACCGGCUCUGGGAGCCUCUGUGUCCAGCCCCGCCAUGACCAACUCUGCCAUCACCCUGCUACAAGACAACCUGAACGAGGAGGAGAGGGAGCUGUGGACGUCCCUGGGACACAACUGGACACUCCCAUGCUCUCAGCUCAGAGGACCCAUAGCGCCGUACACCCCCGUGUUCUCGGAUGGUUGGAAGCCAGAAGCCUUGAGGGCAGACGGGCAGGUUUGGGAAGAUCCGGUUGAGUCACAGCACAAACAUGAGGACCUCCGAGUAAAACAAGAGCAGCACCAACCACCUCAGCCUGUCAGACCUCCAAGCAUCCACAUCAGUGAUGAAACAGACGGCAGCACAGUCCCACCAGAGCCUGAGAGGCUCUACAGCUGCACCUACGACUUCAUAGCCAGGAACAGCAGUGAGCUUUCAGUGCAGCAGGGGGAGACACUAGAGGUGAUCGAAUCAUCCAAGCGCUGGUGGAAGUGUCGUAAUCGAUUUAACCAGAUUGGAUUUGUUCCCUUCAACAUCCUGGAACCUGUGGCUCACAUAGACAGCCCUGUCAACAACAGACCCCCGAGUGCUCCAGCUGCACCGCCCCUCGCCAAGACUUUCUCCGCAGUCCCACCCAGCCCUCCUGCUCCACCCCAGGCUCCCUCUCCUUCCCCCUCCCCUUCCCCACAACGCCCACGCAGCUUACCACCGUACAGCCAACAUAUACCAGCAGUGGAUGACACCGAUAAUAAAGUCAUGUUGGUGAAUGACGAGCUGCUCCAGAGGCUGACCAACGGGAAGACCAAUCUGAACAAACCUCUGGUCAUCCAUCGUUCCUCAGAGACCUCUGUUCCUCUGGACUACAACUCUCCUCCAGAGGAGGUGUCCGAGUGGCUCAGAGGGAAGGGCUUCAGUGAACCGACGGUGACAUGUUUGGGAGUACUGACAGGCGCCCAGCUCUUCUCCCUCAACAAGGAUGAGCUACGAGCUGUGGUUCCUGAAGAGGGCGCCAGAGUGUACAGCCAGCUUACUGUGCAGAAAGCACUGCUGGAGGAUGCCCGAAGAGCCACAGAGUUGGAGGCAGUCAUGGAGAAACAGAAAAUGAAGGUUGAUCUGAAACUGGAGAGCAGCACAUUGUGAGCAACAGGCAUCUACAACAUGAAGCUACAGAUGAAAAAUAGGUUGAGUUCUUCUGGUGUCGUCACUUCAGAGUGACCUCCUUAAUUAUUAAUUAUAUUCACCAGAGAACAAACAUGACUUGACCCCACAACACUGUGACGAACAUCACACUAUGUAAAGGGUAAUUAUGACAGAAUUCAUUUUAAAAUUAAAGUAUUUGGCAGACAUUUAAGCUUUUACUUCAAGCAGGUGCUGUUAACAUUAAUUUACAGUUCAGUGUAUUUCAGUUUUCAUGUGAAUAGUUUUCUCUCACUUCUGCCUAGUAGGUAAGGACUAAGUUAAAUGAAAUGUAUUUAUCUUUGUAAAAUAUUUGCCUGAUAAUUCAAACAUAAUUAACAUGCUGGGAGAAUGACAAGACCCCAGAAAGAAAGGCCAACAGACAAUAAAGUUUAAAAUGGUGA